AUGGCUGCCUCCGAACAACCCUACGACCCCUAUAUCCCCUCCGGCUCCGCUGGCGCCCCCGCUGCCACCGGUCAGAAUGGCAACCAGCGAACCGCCGCUUUGCAAGCACAAAUUGAUGAUACCGUUGGUGUGAUGCGCGAAAACAUCAACAAGGUCUCCCAACGUGGUGAGAACUUGGACUCUCUCCAGGACAAGACCGACAACCUUGCCGUCUCGGCCCAGGGGUUCCGCCGAGGCGCCAAUCGCGUGCGCAAAGACAUGUGGUGGAAGGACAUGAAGAUGCGCGUGUGCCUGGUCAUCUGCGUGAUUCUUCUUCUCAUUGUCAUUAUUGUGCCGUCCGUAAUUGCCACCAAGCACUAA